UCGGCGGCCCGGCGGCCCAGCUGGAAGUAGUAAGCCGAGGGUCGAGGCUUCCUUAGAGCCCUGGGCCAGCCAGGCUGAGGGCCGUGAGAAGGCCAGGAGGCGAAAUCAAAGAGGAACUCGACGACCCCCUGGCUGGCGGCCGGCUUCAGUGAAAAUGGCGGGGCCAGAGCUAUUGCUUGACUCCAAUAUCCGCCUCUGGGUGGUCCUGCCCAUCGUUAUCAUCACUUUCUUCGUGGGCAUGAUCCGCCACUACGUGUCCAUCCUGCUGCAGAGUGACAAGAAGCUCACCCAGGAACAAGUGUCUGACAGUCAAGUCCUAAUUCGAAGCAGAGUCCUCAGGGAAAAUGGAAAAUACAUUCCCAAACAGUCUUUCUUGACACGAAAAUAUUACUUCAACAACCCGGAGGAUGGAUUUUUCAAAAAAACUAAAAGGAAGGUUGUGCCACCUUCUCCUAUGACUGAUCCCACUAUGCUCACAGACAUGAUGAAAGGGAACGUAACAAAUGUCCUCCCUAUGAUUCUUAUUGGUGGAUGGAUCAACAUGACAUUUUCAGGCUUUGUCACAACCAAGGUCCCAUUUCCACUGACUCUCCGUUUUAAGCCUAUGCUACAGCAAGGAAUCGAACUUCUCACGUUAGAUGCCUCCUGGGUGAGUUCUGCAUCCUGGUACUUCCUUAAUGUAUUUGGGCUUCGGAGCAUUUACUCUCUGAUUCUGGGCCAAGAUAAUGCUGCUGACCAGUCACGAAUGAUGCAGGAGCAGAUGACUGGAGCAGCCAUGGCCAUGCCCGCAGACACCAACAAAGCCUUCAAGACAGAGUGGGAAGCUUUGGAGCUGACAGAUCACCAGUGGGCACUAGAUGAUGUCGAAGAAGAGCUCAUGGCCAAAGACCUUCACUUCGAAGGCAUGUUCAAAAAGGAAUUACAGACAUCUAUUUUUUGAAGAUCAAGCAGGGAAUAGUUGUGCCAGGAACUCGGAGUAGCGCUUAACCUUGUAACUUUCGUUGGAGCUGGAACCUCUGAGAAUAAAAAGGAGGGUGCAAGGGCUGGCGGGCGUGCA